AUUUUUGUGAUGCUUACGGAAAUAAGACGUGCACUAAAAUAAAAUUGUCCAAUAAAACACACGAAGAUCUCGGUUUCUUUCCUGAGUAAGUUUAAGCUCACGUACAAUGAGCGAAGUCAAUGCACAAUCUGUAGGCAACGAAUCAACUCAAUUUAAUGAACCUUCAUCAAACUCCUAUCUACAUAUACCGUAUGGCUUUCAAUUUAAAGCUAACUACAAGCCUAAAACAUGGGGCAAAGAUAUUACUGAAGUAACAUAUAAUUCAAAAAGCAAACAGUUUAUCAUAUUAGAUUCAAAAGGCAUAACUGCAUGGUCUCCCAACAGUGUUAUAAAUUCAGUUUUGCGUGUUUUGGACUAUCCCUCUUAUCAUUUUAAUGUGAUUCGUUUGCUGUUGCAUUGCAAAAAGUUCAAUGUAUAUUUUGGUCUUUCAAAGGAUUAUGCACUUAAGGUGUUUAAUACAAAUUUCCAUGAAGUUUUCUCGGUUGUGUCAGACAUGAACUCCGUGUUAUGUAUGGUAUUUAACUCAGUUACAGAUGAAUUGAUUACCGGUGGAACCGGAGGUAUAAGGUUUUGGUCAUUUGGUGAGGUGCAAUCUGAUGAUCAUGGUUUUUUAAGAAAUUCACGUCCUAUGGCAAAUUAUGGAUUGAUUUUAAGACGUCAGUAUCUUACUCAGAACAGUUCCAUGGUAAAAGACAUUAUUAUAGACGAGAAAAAUCAGAGACUGUACUGUUUAUCAGAAAGAAAUGUCAUUGCUCAAGACAUGAAAGGCAACAUUCUGUUUGAAUUAAAAAAUGGUCAUCAAGGUCACGUGACUGGCUGCAUUCACUCAAAUUUUUCAAACUUAGUUGUGACAUCUGGUUCUGAUUGUACAGUCAAUGUUUGGAGCACAAAUGGUGGAAAAGUACAUUCAUUUCAUUCCCAUUCAAAGAUGAUAACGAACCUCCACCUCCACCCUGAAGCACCCUCAUUGGUCAUUACGUCAUCACUUGAUGGUACUAUUAAGAUAUUCUCAUUGGACAUUAUGGAAGAGAUAUACAGUAAAGCUGUGCUUCCUGAGGGUGUUAUGUGGAUGAAUUUAAUAUCCCAUGAAGUACUCUACUGCGCCUCAAACAAAACUUUACAAGUCUUUCAUAUUAACCAUGUCGUGAACUUUUGGUUAACUGUCCGCUGCCCAUUGAAAUCACUUACCGCGGACACGUGUGCGCCUAAAAUUCUGGCGAUAUCUGAAGAUUAUUGUGCAAGGUUUGUCACCAAAGAUGGUUGUCUCCUCUCGAUGGUUCUUCCACCUCCUCCUGCUGUUACUACUGGUCAGCAGUUUUCUUCAUAUUCUAAUUAUGCAUAUUGUCCACCCUACAGCUUGGUGUACUUGUUAGUCAGUUGCGAAGAGAUCUGGGUCUAUUAUGCAAAGUCAAAUCCUGCAAAUCGCGUCGAGGUCUGGAAACUACGUGACAUUCAGGAUAUUUCAGAUAACCAUCACUCAAAAUAUCGUACCAAUAGCAAGUCGUGUAUGUCGUCAUCCGUCAGUGUUCCGAAUUUACCCACAAAUAGGCCUGGUGGGAAAUGCGUGGAUUUUAACGUAAAGUGUCUUUCCUUGCUCUAUCUUCAAUCCAAAGUUGCUCUGAAAACGACGAGUGGAGAGAACUUAGCAGAUUUGUCUUGUUUUCUUGUCCUUGGUCUUCAGGAUGGCCAGUUGCUCUUUACCAGUCCCUACUCGGCUCUUACACUUUACUACAAGUUAACAGCAAGCAGAGGAGCUAUUUUGUGUAUGAAACAUGACGCAAAGGAAGGCUUGCUCCUUCUGCAUACAUUAUCACUCGACAAACAUGCUAUACGAAUCCUCGGCCUACCCGAAAUGCAGAGUAAACAUGUCAUCGAAGCCGGGGUAGGACUAACUUGUUUUGUGAAAAUGAAUGAUGUCUUACUCACGGGAUAUGAAAGUGGUCAGCUGAACCUGUAUUACUUAACAAAGGAGCAAGGAAUUGCUCAGCAGACAACGACCCAAGAUAAUCGAAAAAGUUCCAAAGAUCAUAUGGAUAGUGUUAUCGCAUUGGACGUGAACUUUAAAAUGAAGCUUUUCUGUAGUUCCAGCAAAGAUUCCAGUGUGAAAGUGUGGAGUGAAAACAAAGUUUUGCUCCGUGAGAUUGUUCUCGAUAACACAUUGAAUGCUGUUUGUUUUUUAAACUCGCGUGGUGAUCUCCUUGUCGGCUUCAAGAAUCACAUUUUUCUCAUCAGUUACGAAAAAGCUCAGCUCUCCACCUUCGGCAACAAAAUGGUCGCCACAUGCAGCGAAAGUGAUGGUGAUGAAACCGCCUCCGACGUUUAUGAAGAUCCAAGAAUUCGCAAAGAAUUUAAGAAAUCUCUGCCGCCCGAGCCUGUCAGAAUGGAAACAUACCUAGUACCUCAUACAAACAUCAGUAUCGAUUUAACUCGUUUGCUAUUUGGUCAUGGCAAGUCCAAUGCAACUAGUCAUGUGAGCACCAAUGAUGAAGAUGAAAAUUCUGCCAGUGAGAUUUCUGAUGCAGUCACUGCAGCUCCUACCGAAAUUUACCAAUCACAGAGUAGUACUCCACUGUCUAGAUCAAGAUCAUCCUCGUUUGUUGGUUCUUGGAAUUUACCCAAAGUAGGCUCGUCACCAGUCUCUUCUCCCCCUCGGACUCCACCUCCUGUAAUGAACCACCCAGUGUUAACAAAGGAGAAGGACGAUGUCAGUUUACCAUCAUCAGAUGAUAAAGUCGAAGACUUAGUUGAGAAGAGAGAAAUCGUUUUGAGCAUUGUUGCAAAACCUCCCGAAGAAAAACCUAAAGACAAACCAAUCUUCUCUCGGUCGAGAAGAACAGGACUUUCGGAAAUAAAAAUAGAUUCACGGUCUUUACAAUCGAAAGUCUCGAUCAGGAAUGACUUAACCCAAAAUAAACCCGGGACAGUCGCACAAAUUGUUUCUACGAAGGAAUCACAGUUGCAAACGACAACUCGUCCUGUUCGUAAGAUAAUAAAGAAGACAAAAAUAGUUAGGAAAAAGACACAUAAAAAUACUCCCGAACCUCGACGCGAGCUUUCUGUAGAGGGAACUUACUGUGCAGGCCAAGAUUUGCCGGGUAAAAAAGAUAACAUUUUUCAAAAGCAGACGGAGGAAAUAGUCGGGAGUUCUUCGGUCGUUGAUAACAGAAAUAGCACUUCAGAAACUGCAGUAAACGAAGGUUAUUCUGUUGAAAGACUUUCUGUCACUUCUCCAUCAGUGGUAGUGAAAGAAAAAGAUGAUGGAUCUCUUAUCAAGAGUGAAAAUGAUUGUCCUUUAAUUAUGAAUAAAAGUCCGGCACGUAUGGAUGAAUGUCGUAGAGAACAUUCUGUUUUUGAAAACUUUGUAUCGAAUCAUUCAGAACCAUUAAAGAAUAAUGCUGACAUGAACGAGGAAACAAGAAAUAAAGCCUUUCGAAGUAAAUCUUGUUUGUCCAAGACGAAACAAUUGAAAGAUAACGACGAUUUUACCGUUCAUAUCGCUGGCGAACUCUCAAUAAGAGAACGCGAUCAAACUGAGGAGCAUUUUCAUGAAAGCGAUGUAAAUUCUGAUGACUUUAUUGAUGUGGAUGAUGGCGAUUCAGAACGUACGAACGUAAAACGCGCAAAUAUUUCACCAUUUAAAAAAAAUGCUGCAAAUGAUUCACUUGUGCAAUGUAUGAAGGAUCUCGGACUUAAAAAACGACAAUCGUACGAUGACCGCGCUGAGCAUUGCUUAGAUCUGGAUUGUGAAAUAGUGUCCACAAAUGAAGUCAAUGAUACCCAUUUGAAACAUGGUCCAGUAAAUUCAGAGAAUGUUGACAGCAAGGAAGAUGAAGAUGGCAUCAUUGAAGUGUCGUCGAUGAGAAAACCCUCAAGAAAGAGCGUUUCAUUUUUUGUCAGCCGACCACCUGAGGAUAAAUUGUCUUUGAGAAUAGAGCCCAUGCAAUGUGCACCUGGAGGAAAAAUAUCCGGUCGGCGUUCCGUCUCCCCUUCGGCAUUAACCGAAAAGGUCGUCCCUGUGCUAGAUGUUAAAACAUCCGAGUAUGCUGCCGAAAGUCAAUGGUCAUACCCGACAUCUUCGUUGAAAAUUUAUGCUUUAGCAAAAACACGUCAGCAAGCUGUCAGGGGUCGCCCUCUGGUUUCCAGACCUCGCGACAAACCACGCAGUUGUGUAAAACACGUCACGAGUGAAAUGUCGAUCGCCAGAGCUCGUCGUACAAAAAUAAAUCCGACCAAGAUUAAUGAGGUUGUUGUGAAUGAACCUCCUGAUAAUUCAGUUGAUAUUUUGUCCAAAAGAAAUGAAAAUACGAAGAAAAAGGAUUUGAUGAGUUGGUGUGUGAAAGCACUGACGGAGAAACAUAAGUAUCCUGUUUUAAAUCCUAAACCUAGAUUGAGAUCACGAAAAUCGAUGCUUCACGAACAAGGAAAACAAAUUGUUGACACCAAGGAAUGUGUUAUUAACGAGCGUCCUGCGUCUGAACCUCUUCGAAACACCAAUAUUGCAAAACUCGAUAGGUCUUGUCACAAACCAAAUGAUGAUGACGUAGUUGCUGAUGGAGAUGAUAUCAUCCCUCAAAAUGUGUUCAAGGUUAUGUUUGUGUCAAGACAUGCUGCUGAGGAUACUAAAACUUUAGAUUAUAGCGAAGGAUGGCAAAUGAAGUUUUUGGAAAGAUUGAACGAGAUGAAAGCUAAACACUGUGAGAGAAGCGAAAAUGCUUUACACCAUCACUUUAAUAAAAAACAGAUGUCGCAAGAGAAGAAAUCCAUGAUGCAUUUGUAUGGAUCAAGCAGGACAGUGUCGGAUACAAACAAUAAAAUGGAAGGGGUAAACAUGACGAAGAUCGACAGCAAAGUAUGUGGAGGGAUUCAAUCUAAAGAAGACAUAAAUCGCGGAAAAUCGCAGUACGAAAUGUUAAAGAACAAACCAGUUAUCACUCAUCCUUAUCGUUUGGAAAAACCUCAUACUUCUAAGAGUGAUGUAGCUCUACUUAAAGAAGUUGCUGCUAAUUGUGAUUACACAGAAUUGCCGACCCAACUGUGGCAUCUCAUUCCCAGACCAAAGUCGGCACCUUCAAUACCAAGCAAAUGUCGAAAGUUCGUUCUUGUUUCGAAUGAAUCGCAAAGUGAUUGCGAUAAACGACCGGAACCAACAGCAAUUGAAAAAAUUCUCAUGCUGCAAAGAUUUCCUAACACUACCCUACAAUGUUCUAGAUCUCGUAGUUGCUCGCCCGUUAUAAGAAAGUCUCGUCCUAUAAGGUCUCUUUAUGAAGUACAAAAUGUUAAUACAACAUGCAUUAAAUAGUUUUUAAUUUUCAUCGUUUUCA